GUUAAAAUAACCACACCCCGGACAACAAGUGGAAUCGCCCAGGUAGAGGCUGACGGGAAGUCAAGAUGGCGCCCAACUUGAAUUUUUUUGUGACUUUGAACACUUUCGGUCAGAGAAACGCGAUUUUGACGUUCGAUUUAGUAUCUAUAUCACCACGCGACAUAUCCACUUAUACAUAACAGACACCGGAGACAUUAGAGCAAGAUAAUUUGGAUUUUAGGUGUCAAAUCCGAGUAGAAAAUGGCUGAGGGACGUAGUCACUGGGUGGAGCAUCUUUUCCCUCCCACCUUUGGAUACACGGCCGACCAGCUGCUUUCCACGGGAGGACCGACUUCUUCUCAGUCUGACACGGACUCCGGCACCAAACUGGGGUCUCCUCCUCCCACAGCGUUACGGCGUGUAUACGAAAAGGUCCUGGAGGAUUUCAGUGCAGAAAUGAGGGGAAGGGAGACAACAUCAACAGCAGAAACCCCGGAAGGUGAAGUCGCCGGGAGAGUGUCUAGGGUAUCGUGGGGAGGGGGGCCAGACGAGUCCUGUAUCUGGACACAACAGGAGCUAGAAACCUUACGAGAAGUCUUCCGGGCUGCCAAGGAUCAGAACAGAAAGCUGACCACUAUCUUAGACUUGGCAAACAAGCAGAUCAAGACCUUGGAAAGUAAAUGCAAAGAACAAGAGGAACAACUGGAAAAAAGGUACAAGCAACUAAAGGAGGCAAGGAAAGAAAUACAGAGGCUGAAAAUAAACUCUGAUCAGCUGAUCAGUGAAGUGACAAAAAGUCACAGGAAAAUCACAAAUCUGAGCGAAGAUGUACAAGACUUACAAGCUGUUAGAGAUGACCUACAGAGGCAACUAAACGAAACAACAAUUGCUUAUGAGAAAGAGAGAUUAGCGAGGUGUGAACUGGAACAACGUCUUCAGACACAAGAACAACAAGUUGAAGAUGUCAAGUUCAAGAGUGAGGAGGCUACGAGGCUUAAGUACGAGAGGGAAGUUCGAGAGUUGCAGCGGCGGGUUCUAGCACUACAGGAGGAACUGGACAGAGAGCAGCAAACUCAUGGAAUCAACCAGAAGGCACUGGACAAUAUGAGGAAACAUUUUGCCAGCCUGCCAGACACUACAAAUGAUGAGAAGCCAGAAACUGAGGACCAUUUCUUGUCGAAGCUCAGUUACUUCUGAGUUCUGACUUAAAAUAAUAUACUGACAUGUACAUGGAUCACUUUUAAGUACAGUAAUAAUGUGUAACAUGCACUUAACAAUUAACUCAAGUUGUAAUUGUACAAAGUGUACUCAUAUUAUGUCACAAACAUAAAUCUAAGUCUGGUGGAAGUUUAUUGAUCAUCAUGUUUCAAGAAUUUCAUACAUUGCAGUCAUAUUCACCAUAACUUAAGUUUCUUUAAUUUAUUUGGCUGACACCUGUCUCACAUGCUGUACAAAAUAGUGUCAUUGUUGAGAAAGUGGAGUGGUUAGAUCAUGGAAGGAGCCCAAUAGUACAUGUAACAUUACUGUCAAAGAGGCCAAAAUACCUCGUCAAAGAGGCCAAAAUACCUCAAACAAGUCCUGUACAAGAGUCAAUUUUGUUUGGGGCAGCAUC